UACCGUAGCAGGUGCCCGGACUUCGGAUUUUUGAGCUUGCUCGAUGGCCAAGACCUUGAGAAUCGACCUGGUCCUUCUUGUACUUGCUUCCGUUUCCAGGAUGGGUGCUGCUAUCGUGACGCCAAUGCUGGCACCCAUCUUCGAACGGAUCGGCGAUCGAGAUCUGAUCAACAGAGACGUCCUGGAAGUUCAGCUGGACAUUUCAAAGUUCUCCAAAGUGACUCCGUGUCUUCGUGAGCUGUAUCCGUUCAUGUCACGUCGCGAGAACGUGUCCGUCUUCCUGUCGAACGUGCUCGGGGACCGGCACUACUUCCGGCUGUUUCUGACCAGCCUCCAACCGGACGUCGCCUUCUUCGUGAGGAACGAUCGGCUACCGGAGACCUCAGCGUACAACAGAAGCAGCAACGCGUUUAUACUUUUUCGAGAUGCUGAUGACCUCAGCGAGGCCAUCAAUCUUAUUGACCUUUGUGCCCCGAGAUGCAACCACGUGAUCAUCCUGACCACCGUCUACGAGGAGGACAAGGACUUCUUAAAUGACGUCUAUAGACUGGUCCAGUUCAUGUGGCAGCAGAUGACCGUGAAGCUCGUAAUCGUAGGCCUGGUGGGCGAACGAGCCUUGGUAGCAGGAAGUCUUGGUUUCGAGAGGGGCAAGAUGCCAGAACCUUCUGGACCUGUUAUACUGGCAGAAUGCUGGGAGGGUGUUCUUAAAAGACGGGAAGAGAUCUUCGGGAACUAUGAGACUCGAGGGAUGAAGAUAGGGGUCGGUUUCUUUGAACGGGAGCCAUUCGUCUAUGCUGCCAAAGACAAUGGGACCGAAGAGAUAAGACGGAUAGAGGGAAUAGAAGGUCAGCUGGUAGAGAGCAUAGCCUCCAACAUGGGCAUCACUCUGGUCAGGACGGAGUUUACGCUGGAGAACGGGACUGACGUCUUCGAGAAGAUCGUCGAGAUCAAUAAGAAUAAUUCUUCUUAUCACGUACUGAUGAGUGGGCUCCACUGGAAGAUUGAUAAGCACAUAGAGUACAGCGUCUUCUACGACGUGUCCGAGGUCGUCUGGACGGUACCGGAGAGGACGCAUUUUUCUCUUCUAGCCUUCGUGACGCCGUUCGCUGACACCGUCUGGAUCGCCUUCGGAGGCCUCUUUGUCUUCACUGUCAUCCUGAGGUGUCUGCUCCUGAGGAAGCUGUCGUUCAUCAGCGUCCUAUCUCUGAUACUUGGUGUGGCCCUACCUCGUCAGCCAGACGGGACUUCCGAAAGGAUUCAGUUCCUGUCCUGGACGAUCUUCGGGUAUAUCACCAGUCAGAUGUACCUGGCCUCGAUGGCUAGUCAGCUGAUGAAGAGCAGCCACCAGGAAAUUGGAGACAUGGAGGAACUCUUGUCACGGAUGAGUGACUUGAAGCUGGGUGGUAUGACCGUGCACCGUGAUUUAUUUCAAAACGAAAAAGACGAUUCGUUGGUCGACGAUCUGAUUUCCGGUAAGAACAACAGCAUAGCUCUGGUCACUGAGCUAUCUGCUGCCAGCUUGGCAGCUGGCAUUUCCUACGGUCACAUUGUCAGGGAGAGAAUAGCUCAUUACGCGCUCUGCUUGGCAGUCCUGAAGGGAGUCCCUUACAUGGAUAAAUUUAAUUCAAAGAUCACUCAUCUGGUGGAGGGUGGGUUUAUCAAGUAUUGGUGGAGGUCAAUAGGUCAGGACCGAGUUCGUCGCUACGACGAGGAUGAGACUUUGUUCAAUUUAGGUAUAAAGGAACUCAGUCCUUGCUUUUUACUCUUGUUCAUGGGACACUCCUUGGGGCUGCUGGUCCUGAUACUAGAGAUCAUUCUUAUCAAUGCUUAAGGUCUUAU